AUUUGUGAGUACACUGUACUUCCGCAGUAACUUCUGCCAUGUGCUGAAAAAAAGAGAGAUGUAAACACUAUACAAGAACAGCAAUAUAUUCGCCACAGCUAUCGAACACGCAUCUGCACAAACAUGAGAAAGAAAAAGGGAAAGUCUGCAAAAAGGGCGCAGUCUUCACAAGGAGAUGUUCAGGAACUCCAGGCAAAGCAGGCUCCUCACUCCUUCGUCUUUCACCGAGGGCAGGUCGGCAAGAAUGUGCGCCACCUGGUGUUAGAUGUGCGGCGCAUCAUGGAGCCAUACACUGCAGUAAAGCUUAAGGUAAGGAAGAAGAACGUCCUCAAGGACUUUGUGAACAUCGCGGGCGUCCUCAACGUCACCCACUUCAUCGUGUUCACCAAGAGCGAUGUCUCCACCAACAUGAAGCUGAUGCGUCUGCCACGCGGCCCCACACUGACGUUUAAGGUCCACGGCUACUGCUUCAGCCGCGACGUGCUGUCGGCGCAGCGCAGGCCCAACGUGGAGCUGAGGCAGUACCAGCAUCACCCGCUUCUCGUGAUGAACAACUUCAGCGGGGACGGCAUGCACCUCAAGCUCAUGACCACCAUGUUCCAGAACAUGUUUCCAUCCAUCAAUGUCAACAAGGUUAAGCUGGAUAGCAUCAAGAGAUGUGUUUUGAUUGACUACGACCAAGAAACAAAGAUGAUUGAUCUCAGACAUUACAACAUCAGAGUAGUUCCCACAGGAAUGAGUCGUGGAAUCAAGAAGCUGAUUAAAUCGAAAUUGCCAGACUUAGGAAAAUAUGAAGACAUAAGUGAAUAUGUUGACAAGGGAGGUAACUUGUCCGAGAGUGAAGCCGAAAUGGAUGGUGACUUCAACAAAGUAACGUUACCACAGAAAAUGACAGGACGAGGAAACACGAAGCUCAGUCAGAGCGCUAUCAGACUGAAGGAGGUUGGACCGAGGUUGAAGCUACAGCUAGUGAAGAUAGAAGAAGGAAUAUGCAGUGGGCAAGUCAUGUUUCAUGAGUUUGUUGAGAAGACGUCAGGUGAUCUGAAAUCACUGAAGAAACUGAGAGAGCAGAAAAAACUGUUGAAGCUUAAGCGUAAAAAGGAGCAGGCAGAAAACGUGAGGAAGAAGCAGGAGGCUAAAGAAGCUCACAAGGCAAAGAGUUUGGCAGGAAUGGCAGACGCACAGGAAACAUCCAAAACAGAAGAUGUAGAAAAAAGUGCCUCUGAGGUGAGUGAAGAUGACGAUGCGGCGUAUUACGAGAAAGAAGUUGGAAUAGCACCUGACCCAGACCUGUUCCUGAACAAAAAGCCACACCUGAAAAGAAAAAGGAAAAUGAGUGACAAUUUCCCUGGUAAACGCUUUAAGAAGGACAAAUUUGACAAAACAAAUCGGAACAAGAACGUCAAGGGAGACAAAUCUUCCGACAAAAAAUUUCGUGGCAAACCCCUCAAGGGAGAUCAUUCUUCAAAACCUGGCAAACGUUUCAAAGGAGAUAAAUCUUCAGGAAGUCAUGGAAACAAAAUGGCUAAAAACAAAAACGAAAAACAUUUCCAAAAGGAUCGGUCAGAUCCUAAGAAGAAAUUCAACAAAAACAGAAGAGAUAAUGACACUGAUCGACCAAGAAAACCAGGAUCAAAAACAUUUUCUGGGAAACGAAAAGAAAGACCUCCUCCAAGAGGCAAGAACUCCGGGAAGAGGAAAACCAGCUUCAAGCCCAAAAGAAAUCGGUGAAAUAAAAUGUGAAUUUUCUUA